GCAGGAAUGGGCUGAAAAUUGCUUUUGCUUUUUUGCAGACAGGCAUACUCUCAUCUGAUUUGGGCCAUCACUGAGCUGCAGAUUGAAGCGGGGGAAAAUAAGCUCCCAGACUCCCUGCUACCAUGUGCUACGACAAAUGUGCACGAUGCAUCGGGCAUUCCUUGGUGUGGCUCGCCAUCCUCUGCAUUGUAGCUAACAUUUUGCUUUAUUUUCCCAAUGGAGAAACAAGGUAUGCCUCUGAAGACCACCUCAGCCGGUUUGUGUGGUUCUUUUCUGGCAUUGUAGGAGGGGGCUUGCUGAUAUUCCUGCCAGCAUUUGUCUUCAUUGGGCUGGAACAGGGCGACUGCUGUGGCUGCUGCGGCCACGAAAACUGUGGCAAAAGAUGUGUGAUGCUUUCUUCUGUGCUGGUUGCUCUCAUUGGAAUUGCAGGAUCUGGCUACUGCGUCAUCGUGGCAGCCCUGGGCUUAGCGGAAGGACCAAUAUGUCUGGAUUCCUCCAACCAAUGGAACUAUACCUUUGCCAGCACGGAGGGGCAAUACCUUCUGGAUAGAUCCACAUGGUCCCAGUGCGUUGAACCCAAGCAUGUUGUGGAAUGGAAUGCCUCUCUGUUUUCUAUCCUCUUGGCACUUGGUGGAAUUGAAUUCAUCUUGUGUCUUAUUCAAGUAAUAAAUGGAGUGCUUGGAGGCAUAUGUGGCUACUGCUGUACUCAUCAUCAGGUAAGAACCUCAAAAUCAACCACCCCAAGACAGAACCACAACCUUCCUUUAUUUCAUUGUAAUUUAUAUAUUUUACUUGUAUUAAUUUGUAAAACUUUGUACUAGUGUAUUAUACAUCUUAUAUUCUACUUUUAUAAAUGUGCGUAAAGACUGGCAUCUUCACAUUAUUUCAGUGUUUGAACUUAGCAAACAUUUUUUAAGGAAUGAGAAAAUAAACUAUACUGUGGAGAUAAUUUACAGAUUGAGUGAAGUUCUUCAGUAUACCUGAGGUAAACUCUAGCUUGAGGUGAUGUUUUUGAGAAACAUUACAGAAAUAAAUAUUACAUUUCAAUUACUAUUAUAUAUACAUGUGCUUGUUUUUAUUAAACGAAAGAUUUCUAGUUGCUUUUUUUAAGACCACGAAGGAAAAAAUCCUACAACUUGAAAAGAUGUUCUUUUCUACUGUUUAUAUGGUAUUUCCCAUUUAUAUGCUUGCAAAAUCUCUAACAUGCAGCCUCUUUGAACCAUUUCACAUUCUGAGAAGAGACAGAGCCUUGCCUAGAGCGGGAGGACUGGCUGAGAAUGCUCCAGGCUAAAUGAGUGAGUCAAAAAAUGCAAUGCUGCUCAUUCUUAACAUGUGGAAAGCUUUGUGUCCUUCAAAGACAAGCUUUAAGGAUCAUGUAUUUAAAAAUAAAAAGGUCUGGAUGAUUUUACAGGAAGAAUGAUGGGAAACAGAAUAAAGCAGUUGAUCAACAUCAUAAGAAAAUGGAGGAAGGGUAAGAAGGUGAGGCAGGAGGACCAAAAGGAAAUCCCCUCAACACUUGCUUGUUUAUAUACAACAAAAUAAAGUAUUCAUUACCAUUUUUUUCCUAUUGUUUAGUCUCAUUAUCCUUUGUUUAAAAUUCCUCUUUUUUCCUUCUUAUUUUUUUUUUCCAGGCUGCAAGUUGUUCAGCCUCUGUCUUCUGGUUUCUUUAUCCCACUUUUUCUUCCUUCUCUUCUAGCUUCCUUUGCUAUCCAUUCAUUGUUAUUACUAUGCCAUUCCUUGGAAUCAUCAUCUCAAUUAGGUAUCUUUCCUUUCUACUGGGUGCCGCAGUCAUCAGGCUCCUGGUGAGGGUAACAGACAUUUUCUUUCUUGUUAUUUUAUAUCUGUUGUACAGAGUUGGGCUCUUUCAGAUGACAAGAUUCCCUGAUCUAUAGGAAAUUGUCUUCGGAAAUUUUCUGCUUUUAAAGUUGUCUGAUGGUGGCCACCAUAAUGAGAAGGUAUUUAUUUCUAGAUGUCAUGCCUUCCUAACAAAAAUAUUUAUGGUUGAAUUUUAAGGAACACAGAUGAUCAUUAACUAGAGGCUUUGAUAUGCUUGCUAAGUACAAUAAGGUUGGUCAAAAGUCACAACAUGAAGCAAAAAAUUGAAAUGAAAUUCAGGACACAGAGAUAGAAUUGAUUUUGUUUAUAUCUAUAUCUGUACAGGUGUUUAUUUGCCUGGCCAACAGACAAGUUAAUAAAGAAGUUUCUUGGCUGUUAGACAGCUAAGUUCCUCCUUUCCUAAAGAAGCCCUGUAGUGGUUUCCUGACUGGAUGGCUCUAAUCUUUUCUGUGCCUCUGUCCCUCUGGCAUUCUGGUGAGGCCUACAAACACCUUUUAAGAAUACUGUUUAAAAGCGCAUAAAAGAAAGUACAUAGGAUUACAAAGUAAAUCAAUAUAUUGAAAUAUUUUAUUAAAAUAUUUUUGAAAAUUAUAAGAUAGUUGUCUUGAUAGCCAGCUACAUCACAUCAGCCUGUGUAGUUAGGAAAACAGAGAUCACAUGUGAUCUAGCAGUGGUCUAAUGAGUGGGUCUAAGAACUACUGUACUUUUGCAACAUGGUUACAAUUGAAAUGAAAUUUUGAGUACUUGCAACAAUUUUAAUGUGAUAUGAAAAUAACAUGUAAUUUUGUAUUGUUGAUCAAAGAAUGAUAAGUAUUGCUGAUACUACUGUGAUUUGUUGCAUGCAAUCACAAUAAAGGAAAUACUAAAUUUU